AUGUCCUCCAAGCGUCCCAUUGCGGUGCUCAGAGCAACAGGGGUUCAGGGCGGUUCUGUAAGUGAUAUUUCGCCCCCGAAGAAGCAAAAGGCAAUCUUUAAUCCUGACAGGUACAAUAUAGGUUGUUUGACACCUCUCGACACGGCGCAGUUCAACGAUCCUGCGUCGCUGGUCAAGGCGUUCGAAGGCGUCGAGGCGGUCUACACGUUGACCAACUUCUACAACCCAGAGAACCAAUCCAACCCACUUGCCGAAGCGCAGCAGGAAAUCGCCAUCGCCGACGCCGCCAAAGCAGUCGGUGUGGGGUUUGUCAUCUGGUCCACCGUUCCCAGCUCCAUACUGCGAACGAAUGCCCAAUGCGCCUUUGCUCACGUAGUCGAGAACAAAUUUUACGUCUCUGUUUACCUGAAGAAGAUCAAAAUCCCCCACGUCGAGAUGUAUCUGGGCUGCUACUACGACAACUGGCCCAAUUUCAAGUUUCUCUCGAUUGCUGCAGACGGCGUCAUCGAAGUCACCCAGCCCGUCACGAGGCCGGGGACUAAAAUAGGGAUGAUUUGGACGGAGCGCGACCUCAGGCCCGCCGUCGAUGCGAUCCUGAAGAACUACCGCACAAAGCCACUGGCCAGCGGAGAGGUUUACUGCGUGGGCGGGUAUCAUAGCACUGCAGAUGUGGCUGAGGAGGUUCAGAGGCAGACGGGAAAGCAGACGCGGGUGGUCACUACGCCGACGUCGGGGUUCAAGGAUCUAGAUCUCAUGUACGAGUAUUACAACGACCACAGGCUGUACUCGGAAUUUCCCAUUCCGGAAAAGGAGACGUUGGGACUUGGUAUUGAGUUUCAUUCGAUGGAGGAUUUUGCAAAGAGGUUGUGA